GGAUGCUUGUUUUGUGGGUAACUAAAAAAGGAACGCGAACCUUCUUUUAACGCACUCCCACCGACAAAUUGCGUGCCUGUCGCUCCCCAACUCACUAUCCUAUCUUCUCCUUCCCGCGCGACGCCUCGGCGCACGACCGACGACCGUAGCGACCGCAACACCGAGCUCGCGAGCAGGCCAGACGACUUCGUCGCCAUGGGCACGGAUGGGAGGGGCGCUUGGCCUGGUAGUAGCGAGAACCAGGAGCGGAGGUUCGAUGGCGCAGGGGGCGGGGAAAUCGGCGGAGGCGGGGGGGAGUUCGGCGGAGGCUUCGAGGAUGGCGAGGGGGCGGCGGACGGCGACCAGCGGACACCGGCGCGGGGAGAGGCCGGCGGAGGGGAAUUGCAAGGGGAGGCGCGCGGAGAGGGGCAGGCGCAAGGAGGGGCGGGGGGCGGGGAGAAGGGGGAGGAUGUGGGGAAGGAGCAAGCGGCGAGCGGCGCUUACUGCGCGCGAGAAGCGAGUCUGCACGCGGAGGAGGCGGCUGGCAGCCUGACAUUCAUCUGCUGCCGAAACGAUGGGGUGGAUGAACACAUGAUAUGGCUGGUGGGGUUGAAGAACAUUUUUUCUCGCCAGCUGCCCAACAUGCCCAAGGACUACAUCGUGCGCCUGCUGCUCGACAGAACGCACAAGUCCAUGAUGCUCAUCAAGGCGUCAACCGUUGUCGGCGGCAUCACAUACCGACCAUACCCCUCGCAAAGAUUCGGAGAGAUUGCAUUCUGCGCGAUCACAGCAACGGAGCAGGUGCGUGGCUACGGCACGCGGCUGAUGAACCACCUCAAGGCGCAUGCCAGGGACGUGGACGGGCUGCAGUUCUUCCUCACGUACGCUGACAACAACGCUGUGGGGUACUUUGUGAAGCAGGGCUUCACUAAGGAGAUCACCAUGCCUAAAGCGCAAUGGGAGGGCUACAUCAAGGACUAUGAUGGCGGCACUCUCAUGGAGUGCGUGCUGGAGAAGGGCCUUCCCUAUACCGCACUGCCAGGCGUGCUGCUCAAGCAACGGCAGGCCAUCACGGACCGCAUUCGGCACCUAGCCCGCAGCCACGUGGUGCACCCGGGGAUGGACUUCCCGCGGGACAGCUGGGGCGUGCCACGGCGGGCCAUACGCCUCGCGGAUAUUCCAGGGCUGGGGGAGAGCGGAUGGGCGGCGGAGCAGAGCGGGGCCAACAAGAUCCGCCUGGUGCAGGUGGCGGCGGAUGGGACGAGGGACGUGAGCCGCGAGGGGCCGCCCAGCAAGGCGCAGCUGCACGCCCUGAUGAAGCAGAUGCACCGGGCAGUGUUGGAGCACCAGGACUCAUGGCCGUUCAAAGAACCGGUGGACGGCAGUGAGGUGCCCGACUACUAUGACAUUAUCAAGGACCCCAUGGAUCUGAAGACGAUGCAGCGGCGGCUGGAGGCGGAGAGCUUCUAUCAGACCAUCGACAUGUUUGUGGCGGACAUGCGGCGCAUGACGUCAAACGCGCGCACGUAUAACGCACCCGACACCAUCUACUUCAAGUGUGCUAACAGGCUGGAGAACUUUUUUCUCAACAAGCUCAAGGCAUCUGUGCGGCUGCACCACGACUGAUACGCCGCACAUUCUUGAAAAAUGCGGACACCUAUAUAAGAUGUGCCUUUGAUUAAGUUUGUUUAGUACACCUACUAGGUUACGAUAGUUUGACUUGGCACCCUUUAAACGUUUGUCUGGAACUCUCUCCAGUCAAACAUAUAUUUGUAUGUUACUAUAGGCUAGAUAGGUGCGCACUCUUAGUGAGUACAAUCCCCUAGGACGCGCUACAUUGCGUCCGAUAUCCCAAUCAUUUUCCGAUCUUGGAACAAUAGAAAGUUGGUAACCUGACAGCUAUAGUAGCCUCGGAAUAGUCAUGUAGCAGAUCGGAGUGCAGGAUCACUUUCGA